UUUAGAACUUGUACAACUUAUUUAAGUUUCGGCAAUGCUGCCACAAACCAUUACCAGAGGCUUAAACCAGAGACUCUUCACUUUCCACACCCACUUCACUCCUCUUCUUCUUCCUCUCAUGGCUACUAGGGUUUCCGCUUUCUCUUCCGCCGGUUCUCCCAACCACGCGCCCCUAAAGCGCGUUGGCACUCACAACGGUAGCUUCCACUGCGACGAGGCCCUUGGUUGUUUCAUGAUUCGCCUCACCGAUAAGUUUUCCAACGCCGAAAUCGUUCGCUCUCGCGACCCUCAGGUAUUGGAGGGCCUUGAUGCUGUUCUUGAUGUUGGGGGUGUGUAUGAUCCGAGUCGGGAUCGGUAUGAUCAUCACCAGAAGGGGUUUGAUGAGGUUUUUGGGCAUGGCUUCUCAACGAAGCUCAGUAGUGCCGGUCUUGUUUACAAGCAUUUUGGAAAGGAGAUAAUAGCUAAGGAGCUUCAAGUUGAUGAGGAGCAUCCAAAUGUGCAUCGAUUAUUUUUGGCCAUCUACAAGAGCUUCAUGGAGGCAAUUGAUGCUGUUGACAAUGGGAUAAAUCGGUAUGAUACAGACAAGCCUCCUAGAUAUGUGAAUAAUACACAAUUGUCUUCAAGAGUUGGAAGAUUAAAUUUGGAUUGGAUAGAACCUGAUCAAUCGCCUGAGAAGGAGAAUGAGGCUUUUCAGCGAGCAAUGGCUUUGGCUGGCAGUGAGUUUUUAGAUAGUGUUCGGUAUCAUGCAAAAUCCUGGUUACCAGCACGAUCAAUUGUAUUGGAGUGUCUUACAGCGAGACAAGAUAUUGAUCCUAGUGGAGAAAUUAUGGUUUUGACUACAUUCUGUCCUUGGAAGCUUCACUUAUUUGAGCUUGAGGAGGAGAUGAAGACUGAACCCACCGUCAAAUAUGUUCUCUAUCAGGAUGACAGGAGCAAACAUUGGAGAGUGCAGGCGGUGGCAGUAUCUCCUGAUAGUUUCGAGAGCAGAAAGCCUCUCCCUUCUCAAUGGCGAGGUCUGAGGGAUGAUGAACUCUCAAGGGAAGCAGGUAUCCCUGGUUGUGUUUUCGUCCAUAUGAGUGGGUUUAUUGGUGGAAAUCAAAGUUAUGAGGGUGCAUUGGCCAUGGCAAAGGCUGCUUUGAAGCUUUAACUGAAGAAGAGCAAUAUGCUAUGUCUAUGUUAUUGUUAGUUUGAACAACAAGAUUUUUACAGCCAUUUUAAAUUUUAGCACAAUCAAUAUCAAUUGCUCAUGACCGUUCUUCCAUUUUGUGCCUCAGGGCAUUAGUUUUGUAGCUCCUAUAGUUCUUCUUAGAUCUUGUUUUAGCUGGGGUUCUCCCAUAUAAGAUUGUUUGGAAGAUUAUAUAUUGAAAUACUGAGUCAAAAUACACUGGAAGCGGAUUGGUAGAUUUCUUUUUAUCCGUUUCCCGUUUAGAAAGAUGUUUUUGAUA